AUGAGUUAUCAGAGCUUGGGGGAUACCAACCAGGGGGGCUACGGCCAAUACAACCCCUAUGGAAGUCAGCAGCAGAAUCCCUAUGCCAGCCAGGAACAGAGCUACGGAUAUGGAGGUGGUUACAAUGAGGCCGGUGCCGCUGAACAAGGCAACGGUGGAUAUGAGAUGUCCAACAUGCAGACCGGAGGUGGCCCAACCGCAAUUCUGGACAAGUGCAGAGAGAUGAAUGAUGCCAUUACCGAGUUGCGCACCAAGCGCGAAGGCCAGCUUGUUUCCGCCCAGAAUGCCCUGCUGGACUCCAGCACCGGCAAGGAGGACCAGUCCGCCCGCCAAAACGUCGACUACAUUGAAGAUGAGAUCAACACUGCCCUACGCUACCUGCGCGACCAGUUUAAGCGCAUCAAGGAAACUCCUGGAUCCGGCGACUCCCGUGUGUCCGGUCAGGUCGAGAACGUCAGCCGCAACCUCCGUCGCGAGAUCGAGCUGUACCAGCGCACACAGGCCGAUUUCCAGAAGCGCCUUGAGGAGCAGGUACGACGCCGUUACGAGAUCGCCAACCCCGAGGCCACCCCGGAGGAGUUGGAGGAGGGUGUACAACUUGUUCUGGCUGGCCAGGAACAGAGCUUCGCGGUCCCCGGUACCCGUUCACGCCAGGCCAACGAUGCCCGUCAGGCUACUAUGCAGCGAUCCGCUGCCAUCCGCAAGAUUGAGCAGGACAUGAUCCAGCUCGGUCAGUUGUACCAGGAAGUCGCGGAGCUGAUCCACCAGCAAGAGCCUGCGGUCACCCAGAUCAAUCAGGGCGCGGAGGAGACGCACCGCAAUGUGCAGGAAGCCAACACCAAGCUUGAUAGUGCUAUUACUAGCGCUCGGAACGCUCGACGAUGGAAGUGGUGGGCCUUGGGUAUCAUUAUCCUCAUUAUUGUCAUCGUCGUUGGUGUUGCCGUCGGCGUCACCGAGGCCAACAAGAAUUAG